UAGGUCCGCUCACUAAACGAUUGGCUGCUGUUCCACUAUAGGCGGUACUUUGUCUUGGUUGCGAGAGCAUGAUUAGGCAACGCAUCUAGCCGUCAACACACAAGUGUACCUGCCUGACACUUCCUGCUGCUGUUGCUAUAACCUAUAUUGUUUCGGGUUUUUUUUCUGCGGGACUAAAGCUGGAUUUUCUGAAUAUCUCUGCCACAUUCGUAUGAGUAUAUCUGAUGUUUUGUACACGCUUUGCAUCUCCCCUGGUGAAAACGUUGCGACCUUGGCUUCAUGUUCGUCUUAAAGGAAUAACCAACCUGGGAUCGUAAAUCAUUGCAGGGACAGAACAGAGACUACAGCGAGUGUAGUAGUGCGUUCGCUCGGAUUGAUUUGUCUACGCUGAUACGUGGCCAGCAGCACCCGCAUCAUUAGGUAUGAACAACCACAUCCAUGUACGACAUGACCCUUGCCUUGGUCGUAUUCUUUUCGCGUUUCAUUACGGACAUAACUGAGGGCCAAUUGCGUUCAACGCGUUGUCAUAAGGUGCUUUACGUCGUGACGGGAGCUAUUGCAGGGUAGCUACGAGGUGAUAACGAGAGGGUGUGUGUGUAUGUGUGGUGUAUGUUUGGAGGUGAUAAAAAAAGCUAGUGUAUGCGGCAGUCGAUUGUGUGAUCGCAGACAAUAUGACUGAAACCUGCAUGUAGGAUGAGUGUACAGGCUAUGUAGUGUGUGUAUAUUUUUGCGGCCUAAUGUUGGGUUGUCUUGCGCUGUUACGUUCGUUUAGGGUUUUCCCUAUUCAAAUUAGGCUAUUCGUUUAAGUCGUUAUCCUUCGCACACAUUCAUUUGGCUUAACCGUCAACGCUCAUAUGCCGUGCCGCUUUCUAGUCGAGAUUUCUGUUUUCGAAUAAUCAUUUAGUCAGUGACUGUGUGAUAUGAGGGCCUGGAAAUAAUGCACUGUUUAGUCUGUCAGCUGUCAUCAUGUUUAGUCUAGAUGUCGAUUAUAGACUAGGUCUACAUGACUGCAGUAAAUAUUCAGAAACGAGAUUAUGUAAACACUAGGUAUGGAAAAGGAGGUUAUUUCCACUGGCUGUGUAGUGUUGCUUUUGCUUUCUAUUUGUGUGUGUGUGUGUGUGUGUGUGUGUGUGUGUGUGUGUGUGUGUGUGUGUGUGUGUGUGUGUGUGUGAUCUUAAAUGGGUGCCCUUAGGGAUCUCUACACAAUAUUUCCUUUCAGAAUCAAUUGAGAGGGAGACUUCUCACAUCUUCUCUAAAACAUCUUAGGCUGGUAAUGUACAAUAUUUCUGAAUGAUGUGACAUAUCCACUAGCCUUAUCAUAGUGGGAAGGCUAAGUUUCUCCUUCUAAUAAAAGGUGUGUAACUAUCCAACAUUACAAUGGGUUUCGAUGUCUUUAAUGGUGACAUCUAGAUCAAAGCUGCUAAUUUCUGACUAGAUACCAGGCAAGGGACUCCAGUGCCCAACAUGAUGAGACUCGCACAUUUGAGUAACAAUUGCAUAUAGAGCCCCUUACAAAAGAGGAUCGAUUGACCCCUAUUUGCAAAUAAUAGGCCUAUAUUCAGGCAGGGAAGGACUUUGUGACAUCACAAAUUGAGGUCUAUCUCCCAAAUGUAUGUUGAUAGUUGUGAUGUCCCAAAUGAUAGAUAGUCAAUGUCAAUGCAAGCCAUUUGAAAAACACAGCUAAAGCCCUAUAACACAGCUAAAGGGCUUGCAUGUCAGAAUGCAUUAUGGUAUUUUUUGUGAACAAAUCGUUAAUAUACAGUAACAUACCAAAAUUAAUUCCUAUGCUCCUGCUGAAAAAAUGGUCCCGUUUUGCAAGCUCUACGGACAGGGAUGAGUUUGACUAUCACCAGGAAAGGACUCUUCCUGGACCAAUGUAUGCCAUUUGGUGGAAACUUUAAAGGAUCGAUAACCUUUGAGUUCAAAGUAGUCCUUCUAACCCCUAAACCACUGUUUUUAGUUACUCACAGACAGACCACAUUUUCGGGGGAACUGCUGUGCAGACCGAGUAGAAGUUGUUUUUUUAAAGCCCGAUUUUCCAGACCGAUCCACUGAAGAUUUGUUAUUUGAAUUGACAUUGGAUGAGCCACAAAAAAAACCGAUUUGCUUCACGCUGGCUGAAAGGUCGCCUCGGUCCGAGCUUGUGGACCUUUGAAACGUGUGCGUCAUACAGGCUGCAGUAGGGUCGGCCAACGCUGAUCUCAGAAUCAUCUGUUUGAGGGGUGUUUUCAUCCAUUUUCUCUUUUUGAUUGGUAUUGCUAGUCAGGAAAUUAAGAUAUGGAUACCCAAUUUCAUAUAGGCCUACUGCCAAUUCAGUAUUUAAGUAUGUUUCAUUGUAGGGAAGAUCAGAAUAUUUAUUUUGUGCACCGACCGACUACAUUUGUUGUAUAAACACAUAUCAAAGUUAAAGCAGCCCUUUUGGAAGACCCUUAUGCCUCAAACACAUUUUCUGAAUAUGCAUUAUAUAUGAUGAUCAUGAUAAUAACAUGGCAGAACAGACUUCUCUUGUUGCAUCUCUUAAUGUAACAUGGCAUUGGAGAUGGGGCUGAAGAGAAUACACAUUGGUCAAAUGUAUGUUUCUCUGGUCUUUCUUCGAAAGUGUCCAUUGUUCAUUGUCCAGUGUAUCUAGAAUGUAAGCUGGAGGAAAAAAGUUGCGAUAGCAACCCAGACUUAAAACAUCCACACCUGUGCAGAUGAUAAAAUAUCAUGUCACACUGGGACUUGCAACACGCACGCUUUUUCUUUAAGCAAAUUUAAAGAUUUUUCUCCCUCCCUGCCUUUUCCACCAUUGCAUUAAGUGCCCUUUUGAUUGACAGGCGAGAUGGAUUCCUCUAACCAAUCAGGAGGAGACGCCCUGAGGCAUGGGUGGUUGGUCAUGUGUGCCGUGGAGCUAAGGGCCUCGGCUGCCCCCCCCAGUGAGCCUGGACGGUCCCUCUGUGAGCAUGUAUCGCAGGAACGGGCUCUCCGAUGGCACCAGCAUCAACUCGGUCACGUCAGAGGCCAGCAGCAGCUCUGAUUCGCUGGACGGCUCUUGCGUCGACUAUGCCAAGAGCUACGACGCGGUUGUGUUUGAUGUCUUGAAGGUGACGCCGGAGGAAUUUGCUAGCCAAAUCACCCUCAUGGAUGCUCCAGUAUUUAAAGCCAUACAGCCAGAGGAGCUGUCAAGCUGUGGUUGGAACAGGAAGGAGAAGCACAGUUUGGCCCCCAACGUGGUAGCUUUUACUCGCAGGUUUAAUCAGGUAAGCUUCUGGCUGGUGAGGGAGCUUUUGACCGCCCGGACCCUGAGAAUCCGUGCAGAAAUCCUGGGUCAUUUUGUCAAAAUUGCCAAGAAACUUUUGGAGCUGAACAACCUCCACGCUCUGGUGUCUGUGGUGUCGGCCUUGCAGAGUGCCCCUAUCUUCAGACUGAGCAAAACCUGGGCGUUGAUCAGUCGGAAAGACAAGGCCACCUUUGACAAGCUCAACUACCUGACCUCAAAGGAGGAGAACUACACCUGCAUGAGGGAAUACAUCCGGUCACUCAAGAUGGUGCCCUGUAUUCCUUACCUUGGCAUUUACCUGUUAGACAUGAUCUACAUCGACUCCGCUUACCCUGCCUCUGGAAGCAUCAUCGAGACAGAGCAGCGCACCAACCAGAUGAACAAUCUCUUGAGGGUCAUCUCUGACCUUCAGAUGUCAUGUAAAUAUGAUCACCUGGGGACGCUCCCACACAUCCACAAGUAUCUGAUGUCUGUCCGCUACAUUGAGGAGCUGCAGAAGUUUGUUGAGGACGACAAUUUCAAGCUGUCUCUGAAGAUUGAGCCAGGCAACAGUUCUCCUCGAAUCGCUUCUUCUAAAGAGGACCUAGCAGGUCUGUCCGAGGUCUCUGCCUCCGUGAGGUACAGCCGGCGGCCCACCUGCCCUGACGCCUCGGUGGGGGUCCACGACGUCCACACGCCGCCGCCCUCCCACCACAGGAAGAGCCAUAGCCUGGGGAAUAACAUGAUGUGUCAGUACGGCAUGUCGGAGAGCAAGAGCGCCACCUUCUCCACGGGGAAGGCCAGACACCUGCUGGACGACAGCUUCCUGGAGUCCCAGAGUCCGGUCCGGACCGACCCACACAGCACGUCCGUGUCCAACGGCCUGUCUUUAGGGAGCAGUGAGAGCUCCCUUGGAGAAGAGCAAUCACCCGGGAUGGAAAGGGGCCGUAUGUAUGCCACCUUAGGCCCCAACUGGAGGGUUCCGCACCGCAACUCUCCCCGGAGCUGCAGCUAUGUUUACAGCCCUUCGGGGGCCAGCUCCUGUCAUGGCUGUGCCCAGGUGGGGAGCAUCACCAUAGAGGGCCCCCUUCGAAGGAGGACCCUGCUGAAAGAGGGACGCAAGCCCAGGUUGUCAUCGUGGACAAGAUUUUGGAUUGCUCUUUCUGGUUCCACACUCACGUUUUAUGGGGCCAAAUCUUUGAGGGCCUCUGAAAGGAAGCAUUACAAGUCCAGACCCUGUAAAAAGGUGUGUGUCACGGGAUGGAUCGCCGUUCUGCCUGACGACCCAACCAGACCCAACAUUUUCCAGCUCAACGAUCCGGACAAAGGCAAUGUUUACAAGUUCCAGACAGGAUCCAGGUUUUUGGCGAUUAUCUGGCACAAGAACUUGGAAGAGGCGAGUAAGAGCAACCGACCUCAGAUACCCACCAACCUCAUGUCAUUUGAAUAGGAGGUGAACCCGCCCAGUGGGAGUUGCUGUGCCAAACUAAUUUAGAACGGAAAAGAUGUAGUACUUCCUGGAAUAGGAGGGUGUGUACACCAAUCUGAUAUUGGAUAGUGACAUGUAACAUAUAGAAGCUGUUGUUAGUGACACACACACACACACACACACACACACACACACACACACACACACACACACACACACACACACACACAC